GUGCAUCCACCAAUAAAUAUUUAUUUUAUGCUGAUCAUCUAUUCUUCUCCAAUCUCAUUUCUACUUCCUUCUAACCUAAGCUAUCAUGUUACCAGAAAUAGGCAUUCAGCAACAGGCUACUACAGAUAGAAACUCCAAGAAGGAAGUGGAUUGUGAAGAAGGAGAAGAAUCAUUGCAAUCAUCCUCACCAAGCAGGCCAACCAGCAUGGUCUUUAAGAAGGAGAACAGAGUGAUCCCCGCACACCUAGUGGCGGAGGCCAUCUCGACACUGAAGGGGCUCGACCUGAGGUGGUCGGCCCCCAUCACCCCGGCCGAAAUGCAGUACGUGGAGCAGUACGUCCUGGCCAAGUACCCGGAGUACUGCAACGGCCUCUGCCUCCCUGACCGAUCCGAUCACGAAUCUUCCACCUCUGACAUGAUCACUAGGAUCCAGCUGUCGCCCUCCAGGCUGGUCGACACCCUCACCAAAAAGACCUCCUUUCAGGGCAACUUCAUGUCCAUCCCCGAGAUCCAGGCCCGCAACCGCGCCCUCGACAGCUGCGGCCUCACUGCAGAGGACUACCUCGUCGUGUUCACCGCCACAGUCAGGGAGGCCCUGACCAUGGUGGGGGACUCCUACCCCUUCUUCAGGGGGAACUACUACAUGACCGUCCUACCUGAAGACGAGGACGUCAUCAGGGAGGUGGCAGCGUCCAAGGACGCCAAGGUGGUGGGGGCGCCCGCGGCUUGGCUGGACCUCAGGAUAAAGGGGUCCCAGCUGAGCCAGUAUUUCAGGAGGAAGUGCAAGUGCAGCCCCAAGGGGCUGUUUGCGUACCCUGCUGCCUGCUCGAACGGAGAAGGGGGUUUUCUCCGUUCUAGCAUGCACUGGAUAUCGGAGGCGCAUAGGAACUCGUGGCACGUGCUGCUUGACGCUGCUGGGUUGGAGGCCGGGAAGGAGUGCCUAUCGCUGGCGCUGCACCGCCCUGAUUUUGUCACGUGCACGGUUGAUGUGGCGCAUGCGCACCCGUCUAAGGUUACCUGCCUGUUGGUGAGGAGGAAGUCGUUUGAGACGGACGCCCCUUCUGCUUAACAUAUAUGUACGCCUUCUACAUUUUGGCCUUUUUAUGAUGAUUUAUAGUACAUAACAUAUUUGGUUUGAGCAAGGUCUUGAUUUUGCAAUAAUGGUGUUGUGUUGGAUAAAUAUAAUAAGUACUAAGUACUAACCAUGGUUCCUUGUUUCUUAUUGGCCUCUUUUGUAUGUAAGAAUCUAUAAAAUUUUGCUCGUAUAAUCACUUAAUCAGUCAUUUGGUAUGAGGGAAAUAUUACUGUAUUUGCUGAUUUGCUAUUGAAAUGGUUUUGUUCAAAUGCAAGCUGAUCUACCCUGUAUCACUGUUUUCAAAAUGCAGUUCCACAAUUUAUAUAUUUAAACCAGUAAUGAAUCAAAUCGUUUUGAAUCAAAAAACAGAACCGGUUCCAAGCAAUUUUUAACAUUUACAAAACUAGAAAUCAGAAUUGAGAAAAUGGAGGAUCUGGUGUGGAUAAUCCUAUGAAUAGAGAAAAAGCAAAAAUUACGUCCUUUCAAUAAUAAAUUACUACUACUACUACUAUACUUUCUCACAUACUCUCUCCACAUAUUUCUGCUGUUAAUUCUAUAAUCAAUAAGAAUGGAUAAUGCUAGCUACCAAGCCGGACAAACCAAGGGUCAAGCUCAGGUACAUUUUUACACAUAAAAUAACUUAUACUACUAUUCAAAUUUCUAAAUAAAAGGCUAGCCAGUUGAUGGACAAAGCUGGCAAUGCUGCACAAUCAGUUCAAAAUUUUAUUAUAUAAUUAAUUUAUUAUCUCCUCUUUUAAAUAUCUAACUUAACUAAAAUCAAUAUGAAAUGUUGAUUUGAUCAGGUGUUUGUUCUUCCAUGGAUAUAGGCUGGACAGCAGGCGCAGGCUACUGUCAAGAAUGCCUGUAACUCAAACAAGUGAAAGCUAAGAGAUUCUUCAUCUCAUCUCAUCUCAUCUCAUGAUGUCCAAGCAUGCUUCUAUCUAAUCUUUUUCUUCUGUUGUUGAAAUCAUCAGUUUCAGAUUUCAAGUUUUGGUGGUUCACAUGUUUCCUUGUCAUGUAGAGAGAGAAGCAAGAGUUUCUCAUCAAAUGAAGUAAAUAAAAUUUUAUUUUAAUAGUGUA